AUGGGGCCCGCCUGGGUCCAAGUCCCCCUGACAAGUGCUUUCUGGCUACUGAUGCUCUGGCCACUUCUAUCCCCUGCCUGCUGCUCUCCUGUUCCUCCAGUAUGGCGCUUCGCUUCCUCCGAAAUUGUGAUCCCCAGAAAAGUGCCCCAUAGGAGGGGUGGAGUUGAGAUGCCAGACAAGCUCUCCUACAGCAUUCGCUUCUGGGGCAAAAGGCACGUGAUCCACAUGAAGCUUAAGAAGGACCUGCUGCCCAGACAUUUUCCUGUUAUCACUGAUAACGACCAAGGGGCCACGGAGGAAAACUACCCCUUUGUGCCCCGAGAUUGUUACUACUACAGCUACCUGGAAGGAGUUCCUGGGUCUAUGGCCACAUUGGACACUUGCUACGGAGGCCUACGUGGCAUGAUACAGGUGGAUGACUUGACUUAUGAAAUCAAACCCCUGGAAACUUCUUCCAAAUUUGAGCAUCUGGUAUCUUUGCUUGUGGCAGAAGAAAGACCGGGAGAGGCUGAAAAGUGUAUGAUUGAGGAGAAAAGGACAAAUGAAGCAUUUGAAAAGGAAAAAAUUACUCAGAUUCCUAGAGCGGGCCCUGUUUAUUUGUGGAGACAUCAUCAGAAAAAUCUGAAAAUUCACUACACGAUUUCUAACUCAUUAUACCGGGUGCAGGCAAGUAAUGCGACACGCGUAAUAGACAAUGUACUGAUUUUAAACAGCAUACUCCAUACCAUUUACAAGGCAGUUUUUUUAAAUGUCUUCAUACGUAUGCUAUGCAUAUGGGAUGAUAAUGACCACCAUAACAUUGACAAUUUACUUGCUGCAAAAGCUGCAGAAGAUUUUGGUUUGUGGAAAUAUUGGAAUUGGUAUUGGCAAUUUCCACAUGAUACUUCAGUUCUUCUUACAGGACAUGUACUUCGAGGAGGAAAAAAAUAUCAUGGCUUUUAUAAUGGGAUCUGCAAUCCCAACUGGGGAGUAUUGUAUGUCUAUGUUGAAAGGGUUCACUUUUUUUUGGCUGCAACUAUUUCAGCACAUGUAUUGGGUCAUGUCCUUAAUGUGCAUGAGGAUACAUACGGUUGUUAUUGUUUUCGAAGAACCCACUGUGUUAUGGAAGAACCACCUGGUCUUCGAGAUGUGAUGAGCAACUGUUCUUUUGAUACAAUACACAAAACAGUUUUUAAUUGGGAUCCUUGUUUGAGCCUUCCAAACACUCCAUAUCAUAACUUUCCUUAUGAGGCUCCUCGUUGUGGAGAUGGGAUCAAAAAUGGGAGGGAAGAAUGUGAUUGUGGCUCUCUUAAAGAGUGUGUUCUUGAUAAAUGCUGCGAGACCAAUUGUGUCCUUAAAUCUGGCAGUCAAUGUAAUACGGGAAUUUGCUGCCAGAAGUGUAAAUAUUCUCCCCCUGGAGUGAUUUGCAGAGAGAUACUUGGUAUUUGUGAUCUACCAGAAUACUGUAAUGGGAAAAAUGAGACAUGCCCAGAUGAUUUCUACAUCCAGGAUGGAACUCCAUGCUCAGCAUUAGCUGUUUGUGUGAGAGGAAACUGCAGUGACCGUGCUUUGCAGUGUCAAGCACUUUUUGGCUACCAAGUAAAAGAUGGUCCAGCAGAAUGCUAUAAACAGCUGAAUAAAAUGGGGGACCGAUUUGGAAAUUGUGGGGUAAAGAUUGUUUCUGGGGGAAGUAGGCCAGUUGCAUGUGAAGAAGAAGAUGUUUUUUGUGGAAUGCUGCACUGUAGUGGUGUCCAGUAUAUUCCAGGUGGAGGUGAGCACACCACAUUUCGUAAUAUAUUACUAAGAGAUGCUCCAGCACAAAAAUGUUUUGGAUAUGAUGCACAUCAUGGAACGGAGUUGCCAGAAAUGGGGCUUGUAGUGGAUGGUGCAACAUGUGGCCCAGGACAAUAUUGUGUGCGACAGAAUUGUACCUUUUAUGAUGACAUACAUUUUGACUGUAAUGUAAAGAAAUGCAAUUUCAGAGGAGUGUGUAACAAUAUCAAAAAUUGUCACUGUUUGCAUGGCUGGAAACCACCAUUUUGUGACAUCAAAGGACUUGGAGGUAGUAUAAACAGUGGCCCUCCUCCUGAUACAGAACUUGGUUUUCGAUAUGACAUAAAUGUGAAUAUAAACAUGAUGCUAGUUUUUGUGAUUACUCGUUAUGCUCUUUUCCUGUUUGUAAUUAUCAUUGGUGCCUUUACACAAACAAAACGACAAGUAAAAGAAACAAAAGUACAAGCCACUGUACCUGCAGCUGUUCCUUGCUUGGAUCCAGUGCACCACUGCCAGGGUAACACACUCGGUUCCGUUCAGGUCUACGUUGUAGUCCCAAAUUCGUGCCACAGCAUUCGUGAGCAGACUUCAGCAGACAGGGGCAGGGCCCAGGCUCUACAGUGCCACUGUAGCCUCACGGAGGACACUGGGAGUUGUAGUGUUUUGUGGGAGGAGACCUGGAAAGAGGUGAAGAUGAGAAAAGACCUCCUGCAGAGCACUCUGGGAAACUGCCCCGCACCUUCCCUGGCUGUGGAUGAGCAGGAGCAGAUGUGA